GCAGCAAAGCAGUUCAUCAUCAACAUGGCGCAGCCGGGAGCUGCCGCUCCAAACUUAUAUGCAGAAUUAAAUCGUUGUUUGCAAAAGCAAGAACACGAAAAAGCUAUAAGAAUAGCAAAUAAAAGUAAGUAUUAAUAUAUCUGAUGCUAAGAACAUAAUUGUUUCGAAAUAUUUUGUGCAUAGUAUACCUUGAAGUUUAAAGUAAAAUUAAAGUAUGACAUUUUUAAUUUUAUCGUUUUUAUCCAUGUCCAUAUGCUAGGGCCGGGGGGACUGCUAGGACUAGACUAUGACCUAGGAAUACUAUUUCUUUAACUUGCAAGGAUAAGUGUAAUCCAACUGACCAUCUCUAAUCUAACUUCUAAGUCUAACAUUCCCUUAUGGGAUUACCCACUUCUGUAACUCUAAGACAAGAUAAAGGGAAAAAAAAAUAAACAAAGUAACAAAGUGUCUAUUUAUUCGGACCGGGCAACCAGAAGUGAGAGGUUGGGAUUAAAAAGUUUAAAAUAUUAUUGUUGGGUUUGUAAGAUAAAAUUUGGUAUCAAAUGAAAGAUAAUUGAAUGGACUAUAUGUUUUUAAACUUAAUUCUUCAGUUUAACUAAAAUAAACUACCACAAGUCAAAUGUCACAAAAUGACAUUCGAAUAGCAUUUAGUUAGUUUAGUCAAAGGCUGUGGCCGUGGCUAUUCGUAGUAAACUACCAACAGCUUCUAGGGAGCUAUUGGUACUCCACUACCAAUAGUAGUGGUAGUUUACUAAAAAAAAAGCUACCAAUGGUGAUAGAUUGAUGUAGUGCUCAAUAAUUAUUAAAUUAUUAGUAGUCACAAUUUAUUUUUGAUUACAAGACUGUAAUCACUCUAUGUUGCCCCCAAAAAAUAACCCAUACAUUAUCUAUAUGCCAACAAAAUUUAUUGUUAGUCUCAUAAAUUCACUCCAAUCGGAUUUUCAAGCCAUAAUACACUUAUUUUCUUUCUUUUUAUAUAUUUUAGUUUAUUUAUGUAUCACUGCUUAUGUGUUCAUAAAAAUUACGUGCAGUUUAAAACAUUGAUUCUGCAUAAUUAGUACCGAGGUGUUGUCACUAGUACAAACUAGUAAUAAAUGCAUGGAGUAAUACUUCGCCUGCCUCAUUGGAAUCGGAUUUUUAAAGCUCAGAUUUUGGUUUGAUUUGAUUGGCUGGACUACCAAUAGCUCUCUAGAAGCUAUUGGUAGUUUACUACAAAUAGCUUCCUGCCCUAACCAGAAGCUAUAGGUAGUAAACUACCAAUAGACACUUUCUUAGUCAAAAUGGAUCCGGACACGCAUCACCACUAUUCGCACUUUAACAUAUGGUGAACGAGCUUUCUCUUUCUGUGCCCAAAAACAAUGGAAUUCUCUCCCACUACACAUUCGCAAUAUACCACCCUUGCCUUCAAAACUGCACUACUCAAAACACAUCUCUUUAAACUCUACUUUUCUGACUUCUUCCCCCCUUUGACCGAUAAACAAUGCUGCUGGGUGCCGUCCAUGGCUUGACAUGUAAAAGUUCUGGGGUCGGUGGGGUGAAUAUUCAUUUGUUUUUUUAUUAUGCAGCUGUUUUUUAAAAUAAAAUUAAUAGUUAUUUUUUAAUAUCAUGAUUAUGUGCAGCGCAGUGAGCCAAGCGGCUUGGUACCGGGCUAUAUAAGACUAGGGGUGUGCCGGAUCCGGAUUUUCUUAUGCGAAAUCCGCCGGAUCCGGAUUCCGGAAUAAUCCGGAUUCCGGUUUCUCCCGGAUUCCGGAUUUUGGUACUAUUGGUAGAUACUUCGGUAAGUCAAGGUGGACUACUACUUUUUGUGUAUGGGAAUUCGCAAUCGGCGCCAAAAAAUCCGAGUUUUUAAUUUUCCGAUGUGUGUGUCUAUUUAUUAUUAAAUUAGUACUUUCGAUAUAUAUUUGAGUUCCGUUCCAUUUGGAUAAGUGUCUUACGAGAGACGCCAUGUUUCUACGCGUUCGCAGCAGGUUAUGCAGCUCGCUCAACCUAAUUUCGCCAUGGGGUUGGCCACGCCCCCCUUUUUAAUGGCGGAAGUUGACGAUACUUAGGAAAUAUUAAUUUAUUAUCACUAUUUACAUCAAAAUAAUUGAUAACUUGUGUUUCAGAAUGCAUUUAAAGACAUUUAAACUGGAAUGUUUUAAUUUGAGCUUUAACAACCCGGUAGAAUCCAUAUUAUAAAUGAUCAGAAUUUACCGUGUGCAACACGUUGUCAUUGGCAACCAUUCACAGCCACUUGCAUAACUGUAUCGUAGUACUACCUCAGAGUUUCAUUCAUAAGAGUUUGCCGUGUGCAAAAACUAUUAAACCAUUGGUCAGGGAAAGCUUUAAUUAAUUAUUCAUGUGCCAAAGUUGAAAGUUUAAACUAAGUCUAAACAGUAUUUUAGUGAUAAGGCAGGGAAUGCGUUGCCUUAUAUAAACUAUAUAGUCAUUGCGCAUGACGGGAUUGGCGGAAUGAGAUCACAGAAUGUGGAGAUGCAGUCCAUGUUAAAAAAUGACAAACCAAGUCGUACUUUAAAAAUUCAUAACUUUAAAACUACAACAGCUAAAAAUAUGAUUUUGGUGUUAUAAUUCUUUAAAAAAUUACAUCUUUUCAACUAUGCCAUUGGUUUAUUUUUACAAAAAGUUUAAAUUUUCUUAUCAAAGUCCCUACACUAUUGGCCACUAUUAGCGGUGCUGACUCUAGCCUCUGGUAUGUACGGAAUAUUAAACAUUAAACAAGCUCAACGCUCGAAACAAUCGAUUAAUGUAUCGUGAUCGUGUGGAAUUCAGGAAAGAGAAUUACUUUUAUUUCAGAUUAUGAUCCGGUAAGUCACAAAAUCUGGCAAAUUCCGAAAUCCGGUAUAUUCCGGAAUCCGGUUGUUCCGGAUACAUGUAAAUCCGGCGGAACCGGAUUUCACCAGAUAGUGCAAAAUCCGGCGGAACCGGAUUCCGGACCGGACUCCGGCACACCCCUAUAUAAGACCACUGUAAACGUGUUGAUGGAUACCAACAUUUUUUGACAAAAUAGUCCUUUCUUCAAUGAAAAAGCACCAACAUCAAAAAAUCAAAAACUCUUAUUCUUCUGCGCCGUUUCCCAUACGAAUUUCGAAGUAGUCUACCUUGCCUUACCGAAGUGCCUACAUUUGGAUUUCCAAUAAAAUUUGAUUAUACUUUUAAAUCAAUGUAGAAAUUUAUGAUGAAACUUAAAGCAUUUUACAGCGUAUAACAAGUUCCACAGAUAUUUCCAUGUCUAAAUUUAAAUGAUAAAUGUAAUGCAAAAUGUUGAUCUAAUAAUAAUAUAUUACAAAAUAAGGUAAUAAAUUUUUAUUUUUAAAAUGUCAAAAUCCUUAAAAUUAUUAUACCGGUAAUAUGAACUAGGGUCAUACCGAUAUUCUUCAAAGGAGUGCUACAAAAAUAAAUCGGAUUCGAGACUUUGUGAAAAUGAUCAGACCAUAAAAAAAAUAGGCUUGUUUUUUAAAUAUUAUAAUAAACCUUGCUAUUAAAUAUUAAUUUGAUAAAAACCAUCAAUAUGAAACAUCCCAUCGGUGUAUCUGACCUGUUUAACCUUACGAUUUUGGUGUACAAUGGACAAUUUUGAGGUGUGUACAUUACAUAUACUGCAUGUUUAUUUUUUUACUAUUAAGAUAAUGUAUUGAACAAUUUUGUGAUUGUACAGUACAAUUUUAAGAAUUUGAGGGUAAACAUGUUUGGUGUAUUAAUGUAAAAAAAGAGAAUACUUAACUAUUAAUUGCAAUUCAAAAAUAAACUGAGGGGGAUAGAAUCCUACGCAGAAUCUCAAAGUGGCACGGAUUGCGUAAAUAGACCAAAAUUUUGUAUGGGAAAUGGGUGUCUGCGCUGGAAAUAUUAAUUUUUUAAUUUUUUUUUAACGAUAGUGCUAUUUUAUUUAUAAAAUAAUCAUUGUGUCCCACAAAUAAUUUAUAUUUCCAUAAUUUCAUUUUGGAGGACACCUUGGCUUAAUUUCAAUCGAUUUCUCUUUCAUUUACAAUCAUUUAACUUUCAUCAUUAAGAUUAAGUCGAAGUUAAAUAUAUAUUAUAUAUUUUUAUUAUUUCCCUCGGGUAUCUGUAUAUAUUGAUCUACAUGUAUGCAAAUUUUCACAGAGCAAUGUGUUUAAAGAGAGACAUUUGUUUCUAUUAGUACGUACCAUUAUAGGGUUUUUCAAAUUUAAGCCGUUUUAAGAUUUGGCUUGUUAGAUGAACGAUACAUAACAUUGACUUGAAAAUCAGUAUGCAAAGAAAAACUUCCAAAGCUGGUGAUAUAAACAAUUAUUCAAUUUAUAUAAAAAUACAAAAUCAAAUGCACAGAAAUAAAAACUGACAAAGUAUAAUCCUUGAAAGAUACAAAUUAAAACACACACACAAAGAGUAUAAUCUUUUAAGGCUCCUAUAAGUGUAUUAAGUCUAGGAAAUUUAGCAAAGAUCUCUUCUGGCUUGGAAAGCUACUGGCUUAUUUUAAGGAGGGGGUUAGAACUCUCCAAAGACAUUCUAGAUAUUUCAUCACCUGUUAGCAUUCCUUUGAGCAAAUUUGAACGUAAACAAUGUUUUUCUAAAAAAAGUUGGUAAUGUUAGAAGUUUACAAAUUUAAUUUGUGACGUCAAUAUGGAAACAAAGUAGGAGGUAUGGUUGAAUGCCAUGGCUGGUUGUGAACAAAAACUAGGUCAACACACAGGCUAUGACACUACAUGUGAGCUAUAGAUUUAAAAAAACAUUCCAGUUGCAUUGAUUUGAAUAAUAAAUUUGUUACUUUAAUUGGUUUUUCUUCUUGAUGUUUUUUUAUCACUUUUUUUCCAUAUUUGAGGGCCCACGAUCAUUUUAUUGAUAUUUUGGCUCCUGGUUUGAAUUCAGAGUUUGAAUUCUCUUAGAUGAGUUGCCAUCCAAGGCUAGCAAGUCCCAUCCACCCGGGUUGCUUGGGAUGGUGGAUUUGAUAAGGAUUGAACUCCAGACCACUUAUUGGUUUGAGUCAGUUUAGACUGCUCGGCCACCCAGCACCCUAAGUAAAAAGAAAUAAAAGAUUUAAUGUGGUGUUUUACACAUUUUGAUUUUAUGCAGCAAUUUUAUGGAGUACGCUUAUGAGCAGGUUAUCUACUUAUUUUAUGCUUGUCCCAUUCAAAAUUGGUGGAAGGAGUGGGCCUCGGCCUAUGAAUGAAAAGGCUUUAGAAGGAGUAACUGCAGUAGUCAUUACCAAUUUGUUGCUAUUACUGUAAAACAUUUUAUUUUAUUGUUCAGUUCUUCAACAAAAUCCUGAAGAGUUUAAAGCUUUCAACUGUAAAAUUGUUAGUCUGCUUCUUUUGGAUCGUUUUGAUGAGGCCCUGACAGCAUUAAAUAAAGAUAAAACACAUACAGGGUAUGUAUAAUCUGACAUGCAGACCAGAAAAAAAAAAAAGAGUUUCUUAUAGGUCUAAUCCAUUUACAUUUUAGAAUUGUUAUAGAAUCAAAUAUGCUUAAAUAACUUAGCUCCAUUAGUAAAUAAUUACUAUUACUUUACCUGUUUGCUGACCUUUCAGAACCCUUAAAUUUGAAAAGGCCUAUUGUGAGUACCGCCUGAAUCGUACAAAUGAAGCUUUGAAUACUCUGAGAUCAAUUACGUCUCAUAACACUCGUAGUAAAGAACUCCUUUGUCAAGUUGUAAGUGUGUAAAGCAUAAUUAAAUUAUUAUAUCAUAAUCUAAUUUCCAUAAUAUUUUUGCUGCAAGGACUAGAUUUGCUAUCAGUUAUUGUCCUAUUUAUAACAGCUCAUAUAACAAGCUUUUGGCGUCAUUGGUUGGCUAUAUUAGUGUUUCAAUGUAACCUCUCUUUGAAAGUAAUGAAAACUUAGUAUUUAUUGUCAAUAUAACCUCAUGCAUUUUGAUAGUUAAUAAGAGGUAAAUUUGCUACAGUUUACAAAUUUAGCUGUGUCUCUUAAAUAUUUAAAUACUGGUUUCAAGAACCAUAAUACAACAUGCUGUACUGUGUCAGUUAUUAUGAAACAGUGGCUAUUAGACACUGUCGCUAUCACCAUGUAUAGUCCUUAUGGAUAAUAAUAAUAGAUUAGCUUUUAACUAUAAAUAUUACUCUUUGACAGCUUCUGCUUAUGAGGUAAUAAAUAAACGUUAAGUAAGUUUUAUUAUUGGAAUGUAUUUGUAAGAAGGCAAUACAAAAAGAUAAUCUGUUUAAAAUCAAGUUUCUAAAAUUGAUAAUUCAUUUGCCAGGAAAGUGUUAUUAACAUCCUAAAAUAUCUUCUCCUAAAUACAGCUCUACAGAAUUGAAGAGUAUGAAGAAUGUUACAGCCUCUAUAGGGAUGUCAUCAAGAAUUCACAGGUUUUAAUUAGUUUUUGCUAUUCUGUUGGUAAUGUUUAGUAAUGAUCAACUGGUAUUUCAUUAUUUCCAUCUUAAGUAAUUGGCUGCAAAUUUUAAUGGUAGAUUUAAAGAAAAUUUUUUAAAAAAAUCAAGUUAGCAGCUAUUUUGUAAAUAUUUUGUAAACUCAUCAUUUCACCUGAACUUUGUUUAUACUAUACAGGUAGUUAUUUUAUAUAAUAUUAAAGCAAUGUAUAGAAAUAAAUUUAAAAGUCACCAGGUGUCGGUCAACUUAAUCAUUAAAAAAUACAAACAGGUGGACACAAUGUUUUGGUUAUUGCUUUACACUUAAUUUAUGUUUUAUCAACAGGAUGACUUUGACUCUGAAAGAGAAACUAAUUUGGCAGCUGUUGUAGCAUCAUUACAAAUGUGGAAUCAAAAGGAUAUGGUAAAUAAUAAAAGUCCUAAUCUAUAAUUAAAAAUCAUUUCUGAUACUAAAAAUUAAAGGGGUUAACUAAUUUCAUUUUCUAAAUUAUUAACAUUUUAACAUGUUUAAAUUUUUUAUAUUAUGUAUAUGGGCUUAAAUAAGCAAAAUAUGGUGGACAAAUUUAAUUAUUUUAAAAUUUUUUUCUCCAGUGGAGCAUAAAUGGGUUGAGAUGGUAAAAGGAAAUGCUGAAAUAUUCUAUUUUUACUAUGAAAAAAUGUAUCAUGUCUAAAAUAUUAUGAUUUUUCAAACAUCCAGGGCUGUCCGGAUAUAGAUGAAAGCUCCUAUGAAAUUUGUUACAACAACUCUUGUUACUACAUAGGCAAAGGUGACCUGAAGACAGCUCUGGAGAAACUAGAUAAAGCUGAAGGUAAUAUUUUUGUUUGCAUGAGAGGCUAAGUGAACAGUAAUGAAAAGAUAACUUUUACUUAAAAAUGUUUUUUGUUUCCUGCAUAUUAACAGCAGCAUUAUUGUUUCAGAACUUUUAAAAUCUGAUGGUGAUUUAACAGAAGAGGAAUUAGAUGAAGAGCUUGCUAUAAUCAGGUAGAGAUUUUUAUAAGAAAUACUACACUUUUUUUAUUAUCAAUUCUUAAAGCAGGUUCCGAACCUCUGGUGCUUGCACUCCCCUAGCAGGUUUUUGAGUUAUGACUUAAAUGUUAAUAUUUUAAUAAAUAAAUUUCCAAAAACACAUUUAAAUAAUAAUACAAUAAUUAAGUCACACUUAUUUAUAAAAUUCUAGUUAUCUUUGUAAUUUCUAUAAAAGAAUUCAAAUUUAUUUAUUUUUAUCUUUUUAAAAUGCAUCGUUACUUUUGUUUGGGGUGAGAGACUAGUGAAUAAAAUUGUAAGGGUGCAAACCGCAGAAAAGGUUAGGAAAUUUAGCUUUAAAGUUUAAUUUUGAAUACACAUGUUUCUGUUGAUAUUAAUAAAUAUAUUUUAUUUACUGUUAAUUUCUCAGUAAGGUGUCUGAAGGAACACCUAUCUAUUAAUUGCUUGCUUCUAUAGGAGCUGUCUGCAGGCUCAGAUUUCUACACCGGGCAUCCUUCCAAAUCUUUCUUCCCCAAGUCUUUUUGGGUCUUCCAUGGUUUCACUUUCCUGGGCUGUCAGUCUUGGAGCUGACCUUGGAAAAAGGUUUUGGUCACUCAUGAUAUUAGCUUGAUGCCCCACUUGGACAUCCUGUCGAGAGAGUCUCAAUUUUUCCAUUGAUGAUAUGGUCAAUAUGGCUCUGGGUUAUUCCAUCUGGUGAUGUCCAAGUGAGGUUAUGCGAUGUGGGCCACCAGUGUCUCUCGUGGCAAGGUUGUUUUCUUCACAGAGGCUGAUCAGUUUUUCUCCUAGUAGGUUACAUCUUCUAAGCCAUUCUUUCGCUAUUUUCAUUCUUGAUUCUUGCACUGGGAUGUCUUCACAUGUGGCUUAUAAACAGUUUUAGAAAAUAUCUCUUUCUUUUUAUUAUCUGCUUCUCCAGUUAGUGUUUAUUUUUUCAAACAUAUAAUUGCAGAACUUAGAAUUCAAACUAGCAUAGGACUCAUUCACUCGUUUCCACUGUAAAAUUGUGUGCAUAGUAUUCUGAUGAUGAAAGCCACUCCUUUUCUUGUAUUCCCAACCAGUUAACUUUCUCUGAAUUCUUUGCCAACGAUCAGCACAGCAGAUGAUUUAAUGAGACUUUAAAAAAAUAUUUCAUUUAUUCUGACAUGACAUGGACUUAAACAAAUUUGUUUCUAUUUUAUAUCAAGGUUGAAGGAAGUUUUGGAUAGUUUUUAGGAUUAAUUAAAUAUUGGUUGCAUUCAUACAUAACUAGUCAAUUUAGUAAUUGAAGACCUUAGUGCUAAAACUACUUAAGUCUCAAAAUACACAUUUUGAGAUAAUCAAGUUCAAAUAUUAUUUUCCUCUAUAAAAUGUGAUUAUUUUCAUAUUUUGUCUUUUUUAAUUAAGGGACUUUGGUACAUUUUAAUGUGUCCAAAUGUAUGCAGUACACUUGGCCAAACCAGAUAAGAAAAGGUCACAGGUUAGAUUGAUUUUGACAAAAAUGUGACUUAUGUACUUUUAGCAUUAGCACUUGGGUCUUCAAUGAUAAUAGUUAUGUUUCUAAUGUUACAAUUGUAAUUUAAUGGUGGAUAUUUACUAUAGGGUGCAGCGGGGCUAUAUCUUCCAGUCCCUUGGUAAAAAUGAUCAAGCUUCCCAGCUCUACAACCUGGUCUUGAAGACCAAACCAUCAGAUGCUGGUCUUGUUGCUGUAGUGUCCAACAAUGUGGUAACAAUCAAUAAGGUACAUCCAUAAACUGUUUCCUUCAUUAUUUUAUUGCUACAUAUAGACUAGAUGGGAAAAGAAUUCUAUUAGAUUGAAAAUAACAGGAUCACCUUACUCUUUUCUGAUCUUCUCUAUAAUUCUCUUUAAACUUAUUUUUAAAUUUCUUGAUAGUGGCCUUGGUUUUUUUUAAAACUCAAUACCUUAAGUGACAUUUAGCAUUGUUCAGAGGAAUUCAUUUCAAAAAUUUAUGUGGGAAGUGGUUGAAGAAAUUAUCUUACAAUUUAAUUAUAUAUUAUUUAAAGGUUAAUGAAUGUAUUUUUUAUGUGCACAUUAAUUUUAUAACAAAUAUUACAAUUAAGUUGUGAUAACCAUGAAAAAGCAAGAGAAUGUGUAUUUUUAUGAGUUAGUACUGUUAAAUAAAUUUUGCUUACUUGUAAACCUCUGGUAGUCAAUUAAAAAAUCAUAUUAAAAAAUAUUUUGAUUCACUUUAACCAAAAUUUAGUCAUCUCGCCCUUAAAGAAAAUCGUAAUGAUUUUAACUGCAAAAUGGUUUGUAAAAUGAUUAAUAUAGCUUUAAAAUACUUUUGUUUAAAAUUGGGGAGCUCACCAGGCUUUACAAUAAUAACAUUGGUUUGGAUUUAACAGUAUUUGAAAAAUGUUUUUUAAUCAUGCAUUUCACCUCCCCUGAACAGUCUCUAGCGACUAAAGAGAAGCUACUCUUCACUAGCUAAGAGUUGUUAAUUAGUAGAGAAUUAAACUACCGGUACUAUAAAAUUUUUAAAAAUACUUAAACUAAUAUGUGCAUGUUUGAAUUUACUAAGCUCAAAAUUUGUUAUUAAAAUAUCGAGUUGCAUUUCAAUUUAAGUUUAACUUAUAAAUCUUUUUCCAGAUUAAACUUUUAAAUUUAAACUAUUUAUAUAUAUAUUUUGUUAAAGCUCUGAAUUGAUUACUAUUUGGUGAAAAAAAUAUUUGUUCUGAAAACAGCGUUCUAACUUCAAAUCAAAAUGUAAAACAUGAACCUAAUUAAUUCCUGUUUAUACUAACUCUCUAACUGUCUAAGAAAUGACUUCACACCGUAAAAGAGGAUCAUUACUCAAAGAAAUAUCCAACUUUGAAUGUCACAAAGUUUAUACAUUUUAAUUUCUCCUGUUUUACCUUAGGAUCAAAACAUCUUUGAUUCAAAACGCAAGAUAAAGGCUGCCACUGGUGACAACUUGAAGCACAAAACAGUGUCUGCACAGCGUCAACACAUUGAUAUCAACCAAUGUCUUGUUCAUAUGUACUCUAAUCAGGUAUUUUACACAGUCUUAGUUGCUUUAGUUAUGGAUUGAUUGGUAAAUGGAUUUAAUGCACUUAUUUUUAAAUAAUAUUUUAGAGUAUUUCAGCUUUGCUUGUAUGUUAUACAUACCAUACUAUUAACUAUAUUACAAACACAAUCUGAAUGCUUUGAUAUAACUUGAAUAAUCCCAGAGUGAACAGUGUCACCAACUUGCCAAGAAAUUAGCUGACCAGUAUCCAGACCUUGAUGCACCUCUGAUGAUCAGAGCUGCCCAAUACAUCAGAGACAAAAAAAAUGAUGAGGCUAUAGCAUUGCUGAAGGUAAUUAUUCAAAUAGUGUGGACAUUUUUUAAAUUAAUUUUUUAAUCUGGAAAUUAGCCAAAUUAAUGUCAAAAUUAUCAACAGAAAGAUGACUGGGACUCCAAAUAUCUAAUGCGUGUUACAUACCCUAAGAUUAGUGUAGUUUAGAUUUUUGCUAGUUGGAUAUGUAAAAGUAGAUAGAAAUUCACUUUUAGAAAAAUUAUGAAAUAAUCUCACAAUAUCAUUGACCGAGACUAAGGAAUGCAUUGGACAAGAAUAACUGAAGCAAAGUAAAAUGAAAAAUGAAUGAGAUAAGAUUAGAAAUGAGACAUGCAGAAAGAGAACUGACCUAUAGGAAAUGCCAUCGGACUAGGUUUUAGAACACUGAAUAGUUUAAAGAUUCUAUGAUAUAACAUUCACAUAAAAUAUUAGAGCUUUGACCAUAUUGAUAGUGUUGCAUGCAUGUAAAUAGUCUGGCACCUCAGGAUGAGUCCACUUGGAAAUUUAACGUGAGGUAAGAAAGUCCUUGGUUGUGUAAAAUACCCUUCCUUACUCUAAAAUUACAUGUCCCACUGCUUUGCCGAUAAAGUGCAAAGGAAAAGUUAUAAGCAUCUUUUGAAAGAUCAAAUUUAGUGAUUUUAUGUGUUUUACCGUUUUAAAGUUAUCUGUAAUAAUGAUUUGAACAAUUUUUGUAUCACGCAUUUUAAUAUGUUGAGCUUUCUCCUACAAUAAAAAAUCAACUUUUAUUUUGUAGAUAUUAAUAGCAUUUUAAAAUAAAUACAUAAAAAAAAAUUGAUGAGAGGAUCAAAAAUAUUUUUUUAAAAUUGAUUAAAAAUAUUUUUUUUCGUUAUUAAAUUCUCAUUUGAAAAAAUUGCCAAAAAAGCUUUUAAUUUAUGAUUUUAUAUUGUUUUCAAAACAUAAAUUUUUGGGGGAUUUUACGAUUAAAUAAAAUAAUGAAAGAAUGCAGCAGAAAUUUCAUGCCAAUGUGUAUGUAUAAACAUAACAGUCAUAAAAUAAAUAUACUUACUGAAAAGAAGCAAUAAACUUCCUAAAAUAAAAUAUUGAUUGGAUGAAAUACUUUCAAAGCUUGCCAAAGAAUUGAUUGGAAAUUCAUGGAUUUAGUUUUAAACUUAAGUAAAUAAUAAAAAUUAUUUAUUAAGACUUGAUGACUCUUUGCCUUUCAAAGAACUUGACAGUUAGCUCUGAUAUUGUACCAAUCUUGCAGGAAUAUAUCAAGACACGGCCUGAGAAAGCAUUCAAGGCCCAUAUGAUCAUUGCUCAACUGUACUUGGGUCUGGGCAGUGUAUAUCAGGCAUGUGAUGCCCUCAAAGCGUUAGGGCAAGAAUCAUUUAAGCCAGGAAUAGUGAGUAUAUUUGAUGGAUUUAAAGACAAGAGAAUUUUAGUGUGUAAAAGUCUUGUCAAUAAAUCUAUGUUUUGUUAGGAAGAUUUAAUAAUUUUUUUUAAUGUGCAUUUUUGCUCAAAGCAUUCCAAUAACAUAUUGGUACUGAAUUGCACUAAACUGUUAUUUUGUUUUGUUAUUUUUUUCUUUAUUGUCAUGGUUUUAAUGGCCUUUAAAAAUAAUAUGCCCUUUUCUGUCCCAAGAAUAUGCUUAAAAUAUCCAAUAAACUUUAUUUUCUUCUGUAAAAAUAGCAAAUGAGUUUUAACAUUUUCAUCUUUUCUUCUUUAACUAACUGAGUUCUUUUAUAGUUUCAACACAUUAUUGAUAAAUCCUGAUAGGUUUCCACUCUUGUCACACUGUACCUCAGCCAGGAGGACAAAGAUGCAGCAUCAAAGGCUCUUAUUGAUUCUGUGAACUGGUACAAGAAAAAUGAUGUAAGUUUUAAACUAUUAGGCACAGCUCAGUUUCAAGUGAUAGUUUAGUAUUUACAUUUUUUCAAAAAGAAAGAAAUGCUUUAUAAAUACAAAUAAUUACCAGUUUAGAGACCUUUCUUGAACUUGAUGAGACAAAAAUAAAACCUUCUCAUAUUUAUUAGCUAAAGCAAUCUUAAUAUUGUUUUACAAAACUUCUUCUUUCAUUAGCCAAAGUCACCUGCCUUAAUGACCUUGACAAGAGCUAAUGCAGAUUUUCAGUUGAAAAAUGGAAAGGCUGAUGAAGCAGCAAGGAUGUUGGAAGAUUUACGCAAGUAAGUUACUUAUUGGCUUAGAAUACACCCUUAAACAUUGAGACCAAUAUAUCUUUUUAGAAUAAAAUAUAAUACAUGUUUGAUUACUAUAGAGAUUUCAAUUUAAAAAUGUUUAAACCAAAGGCCGUCUUAAUGAACUUGAUAAAAAUGAUUACCUUUUUAAAUAUAAAGAUGAUAUAGACGUGAUUAAUUGUGUUAAUCAAAAGGAUUGCGAAACUUAAGUGAUAAUAUUGCUUCUUUUUGUUAAACUUUAGAGCCAACCCAGGAGAUGCCCUUGUUUUAGCCCAGUUAAUUUCUUCCUAUGCCCAGUUUGAUCCUGCCAAAGCACAACAGUAUCCUUUUGCCAUGCUGAUUUGUAAACUUACUUUGUUAGAGUCAUUUUUAUUUUUUUUGUUGCUUAUCAUAAUUUUUUAACUUAAAGAAUUGAAUGUAUAAGUAAUCUCUAAAUCCACUAAUAGUAUUCUUUUUUAAAUAUCCUGUCCAUUGUUAAAGUUUCUAGAGCUAGAAUAGUUUUUUGUUAAAAGAAUGUAUUUUUCUCAUAGAUGAAUGGAAUUUUAAGCCCGGAAUGUGUAAAAGAUACUCCUUAGCUAAAUUUUCAGAAUAAGUAAAGAUCUACCACCUGUUGUUAAAAUUAUAUCUGGGCUAGAUAUAGAAGCCCUGGAAGCAUCAUUCAGUACUCUUGGACCUAAGUACAUGAAGAAACAACAACCACUGAAAGGAGAGGCUUCACCUGGGGCGUGAGUACAGUUGAUUUUUGUAUUGACAGUACUAAGACCUGUAAGACCAUGUUGACUAUAAAAAAUUGAAUCAUGCUUAUAACUAAUCGUCUGGCCAUGUUUUCUUCUACCAGAUCUGGGGACACAAAGUCUGGAGAUACUCUGAUGCAGAAGAAAAAGCAGAGAAAGAAAAAGAAAGGUUUGUCACUGUCAUUAUAUCAUUAUUUGUACAUUUGAAUUUCUUUUUUUUUUCUUAAUUAUCUUUCUUACUAUUUAUCUGAAGGAAUUAUAGAAUAUUGAGUUCACUUUGAGAGUUAUGUUAAAUCUGCUUACAAAAUUAAAUCUUUUGUGGUGAGUUCUAGCUGAACUAAUAGAAUAUGUGCCAAAUAAAUGUGCAUUUUAGAUAAAGUAAGAGUUUUAAAUGUAUUUAACAAGUGAUCACAAAAGUUAUGUAAAUGAUAUUAGGAGCUAGCGAAUACUUCAGACAUAAGUCUGAGGAAACCUUUGGAUACCAGUGAUGAGUCUCCCUGUCUGGAGAUAAGCUACCAUUUAUAGGGAGCCUGUAGGAAGGACUUAAGUUGCCUAUUUAGAUUCCACCCACUCCUCUUGACAUAUUGUACAAGGUUUCCAGCCCCACAGGGCCCUGGAUACCUUUGAUAUAUUCAGGGGUGUCUUGGUAAUUAAUUUGAGAGUUCAUUAUGAAUACAAACUGAUUAGUAAUAGAAAAAUUUCCCAGGGGCCAGGAUACCUUGACAUAUUUUUAAGGUUACCAGCCCUCAGGUGGCUCUGGUGGCUCUGGGAUACCUUGACAUAUAUUUACUGGGUUGCCUUCCCCUAUGGGCUUGGAUACUAAGCAUGCUGCUUACCACACCAUACCUUGGAGGUAGGUGGAGCCAUAACAAGUCUGGAUCAUGACGAGCUUAGACUGAGUGCCCCAGAGAUUGAAAUAGCCAUGCUUGCUCUGCACUUAGUGGAUGGUGAUUCCAUAUAGGACUAUUUGGGAGGGUGGUGGGUAAAUAGGAAAACUUAAAAAAAUCCCUGAAGUUAAUAAGUUGUACUAUUCAAAUAGAUUGAUCCUUAUCUGUUUUAAAGGUAAACUACCUAAAAAAUGCAAACCUGGAAGUGACCUUGACCCCGAACGAUGGUUGCCCCGUAAAGAGAGAUCAUACUACAGAGGCAAACGAAAGGACAAAAAGAAAGAAAUUGGUGAGUUGUACUUUAUUGCUUGAUGUUAUCUUUAUCGAAGGGAAAGAGAGAUGUUACAGUGUCAAUAUGUACAGAUGUGCCUUGUAAUUUUUUUCUCUUAAACAUACAUUUUUUAAAACUGUCAGGUUUUGCAGUUGCAUGCACUUUUAAAAUGUAUGUAUUUCAUCCCACCCUUUUAGCUGUGUCAGAACAAACGCUAUUUAUUGGUAUUAAAUUGACAGAGGAACUAAAAAUGCUCUGUAAAAUGUAUAUAUUUUUCCUGGUUUAGGACUGUCAGUCACACAUAAAGCUUACAUUUGUUUCAUUAUUCUUACAGGUAAAGGCACUCAAGGCACAUCAGCUGCUACUCAAGCUAUCACAGAUUCAUUGUAAGUGCCUUCAUCAUCAAUGUGUUAAAAAUAAACAGUCAUUUAACAUUAAAUUUAUAAGAGUGGUCAAAUUGAUAUUUUGCUUAAAUUCCAUCAGGCUGAAAUUAAAAGCAACUUAAAAGAACCAUUAAAAGUACUAGCACACAAUCUAUAUAUGACAAAGCUGAAAAGGGUUUUUUAUUAAAAUAAUAUUUAUAUUUCAAACAAAAUACCUUUGCACGUUUGAAUGAGCAAAAUAAAACAAUAUGUUAAGGCAAUGAAAGAAGAGCAACAUCAUUUCCAAAAUAAAUAUAAAAAGAAAUCAUAGUAAUACAACAUACAUUAAUAUGUUAUUUUAAAAAUCUUUAGGGAUAUUUAAUUGUCAAUAGCUUUUUUCAAAUGUAACUGCUGCAUUACUUUGCAAUCACUGUAAAUCUAACUUAGAAUAGUAUUAUGCCAUGAAGUUUCCACAUGAUAGAAUGAUGCAUUUAUUGAAAAGUUUCUAAAUGGCACAUUAAAAAAAAAAAUUAUCUAAAUGCUAGACCAAUUUUUUGCUCUUAACUCAACUUAAAAAUUGCAAGGAGUCAGGAACAAUGGCUUGCAAAUUUCUGUAUUUAUGUGACUUCUUAGCAUUCUUUAAAAAGUAAACUUAUUUAAUUUAAACUUAAGAGAAAUUUGUUGCCUGUGCACACUUUUCUCCCCAUUUGCAAGACUCUUAUGAUGCAAAGUUCUGUAUUUACAUGACUUCUUAGCAUUCCUUAAAAAAUAAUCCUGCUUAACAUCUCAGACUGAGGUCACUAAUUGUACCUCCUAUCCCCUGGAACGGAUUCAUGACUCGCCCUUGAUUCUGGAGUGGGUCAUAACAAGUGUCAUAACAAGAGUUUUUCAAAACCUGAUUAUAAAAUAAAGUAAAUGCAGUUAUGAAUUGUUUAAAAAAAAAAAUUGUUAUUCUCUAUUUCCAGAGAUGCCAGCAAGCAGCCUGCAUCAGGUGAGCCAGCCUCACCCCGCCCUUCAGCAUCGGCCAGCAAAGCUUCCCCUCACUCUACUCCAACUCCCAUGCCCUUACCACAGGGACCAAGACAACAGAAGCCAGUCCAAGCCAACAAGAAGAAAAAGAAGGCUGGCAAGGGAGGGAAGUGGUAGUAACCAGUCUUUCCUGUCCAUUUCUAGUUAUGUGCAGUUCUCAACCUUAUAGUCUCUCUCACUGUCAACAAUGGGUUUCAUAUUUCCAAUUAAAUCUAUAAAAGGGUCAACUUAACUUUAACUAAAAUUAAGUUAAAAGGUUAAAAUAUGCUUGGCAAGAUAAGGCUCAACUAAGAUCAGAAUAAAGCUGCAAACAAUGCAUUAUGAAGCCUUCUUGAGUUUUUCAGCCCAAAAUAAUGAAUAUAUACAUUCUCUCUUUGCCGUUGUUAUUAAUUAUUGUCUGUCCCAUUAAUGAGGAACUGAUAAUCAAUUUAAUUUUUAGACUUGAUUACAGGUUAAACUUGUAUUCUAUGCUUAGUUUUGAUUCCUGAGAUGGGCUUUCUAUACAAUAGUCUUUUUCUGAUCAAAAUCAAAGUUAAACCACUCUUGUUUUUUUAUUUUCUCACUCAAAGCAAAUGCAGGGAGUUUUUUUGAGUUUAUCAGCCUAAAUCAAGGUUUCCCAACCUAUUAGCACCCCCUAGGGGUGCUAGUUGACAGUUCAUGGUGGGGUGGGGGUGUGUGCAAGGAAGAGAUUUAAUAACAAAGUAAGAUUUGACUUUUAAGUUAUGACAAAUUUUUUUUUUUAACAAAAAAUUAUUUCUCCAUUAAUAUUUUAGUUCAUGUAACAUGUCACAAGUCCAUUUUCUAAGUUCUACAAUUCUCUUUGUAAUUCAUUAAACAAACUAGAUGUUGAAGCGCUGGCUUAUAUGUUUCAUCAGUUUGGAGGCUGGAGAUCACACUUUAGGUUGAGAACCACUGAACUGUCCUAAACAUUUCUAAUUGAAUAUUAUUUAAAAAAAAAAAAAUGUUUUGUUAAUCUUCAUUUCUUCCCUUGAAUUUUUUUUUAGAAUGAGUUUUAAAAAAUUUAUCGUAAUUUGUUUUAAAACUCUGAAACACUUUGAUCAAAAGAUGAUGUAGAAAUUUCCUCAAAAUGAAUACAAAUUUCUUACAUUUCUUCCAAUGAGAUGCUGCAGAUGUAUCACUCAACACUGGGGACUGAACUAAAGCUUAGUUUAUGUCGAGAACGGUUGUUUUAGUCCAAUUUUUAUGAUGUUUUUUUAUGUGAUAACUCCUAAGAAUUAUGCGUGUAAUGACUAUGUCAGAUCAACGUAUGCUCGAUUAUCUUGUAUGUUAGAUGUCUGUUAUUUAUUUUGUUCCAUGUAAACUUGCUUCCUUUCAGAACAUAUUUGUAUGCAAUAAAAUGGUUCUGGUCAAGAGACAGUUUCUAUUAUUUUCAUGGUUAAAUGUCUGGUGAUUUAUUUGUACAGCACAUGUCUGAACAGGCAAGGAAGAGGAUCUAGAACCUAUUUUCUAUAAUGGUUUAUGUUAAAUUCGUUUACCUACCGUGUACACAUAAUUGUGUAUGAACUCGUAUCCGGUAAUUUGUUUGAAAGAAAUUUCGCUGACGGAAAAUUGAUAGAUGGAAGUUUGGUCGAAUGAAAAUUUGAUCGAAUUUUAUUUU